AUGGCCAACAACGUUCCCGUGCCCACCUACGAGUCCUUGGACAAGAUCUACGAUUCCUCUGCCUUGGCAAAGCAAGGACCACGUUAUAAUGCCCUUGUGGAAAAAUUCACUUCCAUCUACGGACGAAAGCCCGACUUUAUUGCACGCUCUCCUGGACGUGUCAACUUGAUCGGCGAGCACAUCGACUACUGCGGCUUUGGCGUGCUUCCCAUGGCCAUUGAGCGCGAUGUCAUUAUUGCCGUCGCCACCACCGACGACGACUCCAAGGUCCGCAUUGCCAACAUGAACCCAAAGUACGAGCCACGUGAGUUUGACUUUGAAGGCAAGGAGACGAUUGUCACCAUUGACAGCACCAAGCACGAGUGGUCCAACUACUUCAAGUGUGGCUAUAAGGGUAUGCUUGAACGUGCCGACAACCUCGAAAAGCCCAAGGGCAUGUACUUGCUGAUGGACGGCACCGUGCCAGCUGGUUCUGGCCUAUCGUCGUCCGCCGCCGUCGUGUGCACCUCUGCACUGGCCACGAUCGAGGCCAACAAGCUGCCGCUGAGCAAGCAAGAGCUGACAGAAAUUGCCAUUGUUGCCGAGCGCAAUGUUGGUGUUAACUCGGGCGGCAUGGAUCAAAGUGCCUCGGUGUUUUCUGAGCAGCAAUAUGCAUUGCACGUCGAGUUUGUACCACGUCUGUCCACGCGCCUGGUUCGCCUGCCCGAGACACAGCCCCCAAUGGCCUUUGUCAUUGCCAACACCUUGGUCACUGCCGACAAGUUUGUCUCGGGUCCACGCAACUACAAUCUGCGUGUCGUCGAAACCAAGAUGGCUGCCCUCUUCCUCAGCAAGGUCUUGGACUUGCCCUCGUCUGACUCGCUCAAGGAAGUCUUUGACUCAUACGCUGCUGCUGCUGGCAAGGACAACAGUGAAGUUGCAAAGUACGACGCCCUCUUGGAACGCAUUGCCAACAUCUUCCCACAAGACUCGAGCAAUGGCCAAGGCUACUCGCUUGAAGAAGUGUCUGACAUGACGGGUUUGCCGGUCCAGACCCUCAAGGAAAAGUACAUGACCCGCUUCCCUGUCGAGACCGACUACUUCCGCCUCGUCCAACGCACACACCACGUCUUGACCGAAGCCCGUCGUGUGGUUGAGUUUGUCGACGUCUGCAGCAAGGCGCCUGCCAACACAUUGGAAGUGCUAGGCAGCAUCAUGAAUGCCUCGCAGGAGUCGUGUGACAAGUUCUUCAACUGCUCGUGCCCCGAGAUCAACCAGGUGUGUGAAAUCGCCCGCCAGCACGGUGCCUAUGGCGCUCGUCUGACAGGCGCUGGCUGGGGCGGUUGCACAGUCAUGCUGACGACCGAGUCCAAUGUGCCCACGUUGAUCGAAGCGAUCAAGGAUGGCUACUACCGUCAAAAGUUCCCCGAACUUUCGCAGGAUCAGCUCGACGAUGCUGUCUUGGCCACCAAGCCUGGCAGUGGCAGUGCUGUUUUCAAUGGCUUCUAA